CACGACCCGCCACAAAUAAUAAACAAAUUUGGAGCGCGGUUUAUUUGUAGAGGUUUGUAAUUGAAUCAAGUUUCUUCAUCAAUACAUCUGCGCAUCAAGUGAUUGGUCAUGUCUCCGUAAUCGGUCAGUCAUGAUUAAACUUGCAAAAUGAGAGCUGGAGAAGUUAGAUCUGUGACAUACCUGUGCAUACUACACGUAUUCUUAACUCGUGCUAUAUGGGGCCAGAGAACCUGCAUACAGCCUGCUCCCUUUGAUAGGAUCGAAUGGAAAAAUACUACGAGUAUACAUACAGUAGAGUGGCACAUCGAUACAGUGUGCAGUAAUUUUCAGGAUUGCCAUGGAUAUGAGAGUCCAAAUAGUGAGGAAGAUUUUGCUGUGCAGCUUUGUCCACUGCAAAUGCAGAUAGGGGACAUCCUUUACCUUGAACCCCCUAGUCAUGGAUUCUACAAAGUAAACCCAGGGGAUGUGAAUCUAACUGACUGGAUAAGCUGUGCUGAUAAGACAUAUCCCCCUGAUUUAUAUAUAACACCAGGGGGGUCAUCCUCACGAGUACAAGUGUCAGAUAAAUUCCUUACCCCUGGGAUCCAUUACUACGUGCAGAUGCCAAAUGGAUUUUUUUCAAAUUGUGAUUUUGGACUGAGGUUAAACUUGACUGUGAAAAACCAGGAUUGUGACCUAUAUGAAGAUUCAGGUGAAGUUUGUUCUGGACAUGGCAGCUGUGUUUCCAACUAUCUACAGCUAGACUACACAUGCGAUUGUCAGGGCCCAUACACAGGGCUCUACUGCCAGGAGUAUAAUGCAUGUGAAAACCAGCCUUGUCUCUAUGAGGGAGAUUGUACUGACUACCACCAGGGUUUGGAAGGACGUAACUUUACAUGUAAUUGUACAGAAGGACAUACAGGGACUACAUGUUCAGACUUCAUUGGAGUCUGUGAUGAUGCAGUCUGCAAUAAUGGUUCAUGUCUACAGUCAACUCCAGACUCAUAUACCUGCAAUUGCUCUCAUGGAUUUGAAGGUGCAGAUUGUCUUCAGUUGAAGCAGUUCUGUGAGGAAGGACUUUGUCAGAAUGGAGCUGUCUGUGAAAAUCUAUUAGCCAACUAUAUAUGUCGCUGUACUGAAGGAUUCACAGGACUGCAUUGUGAGACAGACCUGAAUGAGUGUGAUAGCUCUCCUUGUCCGCAGAAUGCUACAUGUGUGGAUAAUGUUGCAUCUUUCUCCUGCAUCUGUCCUGAGGGUUACACAGGUAGCAAUUGUGAAGCUGAGAUAGACUUCUGUGAGUCAACACCCUGUGAAAACAAUGCGGAGUGUGUGCCACACACAGGAGGCUACACAUGUAAUUGCACCCUGGGAUUCAAGGGGGACUCCUGUGAGAUCCUAAUUGCUCUCUGUCCACAGAAUGAAGAGAUAUGUACUAAUGGAGGAUUAUGUGUGCAGAGUACCAAUGGGCCAAUAUCAUGUCAGUGCCAGCCAGGAUGGACUGGAUCAAGCUGUGAGAUAAUAGAUAACCUCUGCUCAUAUGAGCCCUGUGUCCAUGCCUCUACAUGUAUAGAUACAAGCCCAGUAGAGGGCCCUGGAGAUUAUCAGUGCAUAUGUCUGUCAGGCUACACAGGAACUGACUGCGAAACAGAGAUUGAUGAGUGUGCAUCAAACCCUUGUCUAAAUGCUGGGAAUUGUACAGAUAUGUUAGAUGGCUUUCUGUGUACUUGUCCUGAAGGCUGGACAGGGAGUAGGUGUGAAGUGGACAUUGAUGUUUGCUUCGAGGCUCCAACAUCAAAAUGUAAAAAUGGUGGAUCCUGUGAGGAUAGUGAAACAGGGUUCCUCUUCUCUUGUGUUUGUGCCACAGGAUUCACAGGGUUAGAUUGUGGAGUCAAUAUAGAUGAAUGCGAGAGUUCCCCUUGUAAGAACUCAGCUUCUUGUUUAGAUGGCAUUAAUGGAUACACAUGUUCAUGUGCUGAAGGAUUCUAUGGUCCACAAUGUGAGAGUGACAGAGACUACUGUGCUGAACAGGUGUGUGCAAAUGGUGCGACCUGCAUAACUAUUAAAGAGGGAUAUGAGUGCCAGUGUCUUCCUGGCUGGUCAGGAAAAAACUGUACAGAAGAUGUUGAUGAGUGCUUGAGUGAACCAUGUGUGAAUGAGGCGACCUGCACACAGUUCAUAGAUGGAUACAGAUGUGCAUGUCUGGAUGGCUAUACUGGGGAGCAAUGUGAGACAGACAUUGAUGAGUGUUCAAGCUCUCCCUGUAUUAACAAUGGUACAUGUGUGGAUGAAGUGGGGAGCUACAUGUGUCAAUGUGCCAACAGAUAUACAGGGGAUCAGUGUCAGGAUUAUAUUCCUUUUUGCAUCCCAAGCCCCUGUCUGAACAAUGGAACAUGCAGAGAGCAUGAACCAAGUGGGUUUAGUUGUGGAUGCAGUCCAGGGUACACAGGUGUGCUCUGUGGGGAAGAUAUAGACUUCUGUGUUGGGCAUCUUUGCGAGAACAACUCAACCUGUAACGAUGGCCAGGUGAACUACACUUGCAGUUGCCCACCAGGGUUUAUCGGGGAUCUCUGUGAAACAGAUGUUGAUGAAUGCUCGUCAUCACCAUGUCAGAAUGAGGCUCUGUGUGAAGAUCAACAGAAUCGUUACCAAUGUUACUGCAAAGAUGCUGGAUAUUGAUGAUUGUGUUGGGUCCCCCUGUGUAAAUGGGCAGUGCGUAGAUAGAUUUCUUGCCUAUGAAUGCUACUGUGAGAAUGGCUUCACAGGGUCUAACUGUGAGAUUAACUACAACGAAUGUCUUAGUGAUCCUUGUGUUAAUGGAGCAACAUGUUUGGAUGAAGUAGCACAGUACACAUGCAGUUGCCCAACUGGAUACACAGGGAUUCAGUGUGAGUUGGAAGUAGAUGAAUGUGAGUCAAGUCCAUGUCUGAACAAUGCUGUCUGCCUGGAUCAACUGGGUGGCUACAUCUGUAAUUGCUCCUUGGGAUACACUGGACAACAUUGUGAGACUGAGAUCAAUGAGUGCUUCUCAGUUCCAUGUAUAAAUGGUGGCACCUGUAGAGAUAACAUAGGCUACUAUGUGUGUGACUGUGUGGUACCAUACCAAGGCAUUAACUGCCAGCUGCUACCCUGUGAUACACUGCCCUGUGGGAGCAAUGGGAACUGCACCAAUGAUCUUGAUAGCCUCCCUGAUGGCUUUCAGUGCUCCUGUCAGACUGGAUUUACAGGUCAGCGUUGUCAGUCAAACAUAGAUGACUGUAGAUUAACAGAUGAACCCCAAGGGGCAUGUUCAGGGAGGGGCUUAUGUAUAGAUGGUACAAACGAAUAUACGUGUUUGUGUCAGCCUGGCUGGAAGGGGGAGAGAUGUGAGAAACCAUCCAAUGAAUGUUUCAAUCAUUCUUGCCAGAAUAAUGCCACAUGCAAGGAUCUCUUCCUCAGUUACAGCUGUGAAUGCCUUCAAGGAUAUGAAGGUCAGUUUUGUGAACGCCAAACAGAUGAGUGUGCCACUCAACCAUGUGGGAUCCAUAGUACAGCAUGCUUGGACCUAUUCAAUGACUACAAAUGUCAGUGUAGUGUUGGAUGGACUGGAAAAAACUGUACAGAAGAAGUCAAUGAAUGUGAACUGACCAGUCAAAAUCUCUGCCAGAAUGGUGCCACGUGUGUUGAUGGACUCAACAGUGUGACAUGUGUAUGCCCUCCAUUCUAUACAGGGGUAUUUUGUGAGAUACCCUAUAAUCCAUGUGGUGAGGAAUAUGAUCCUUGUCAACAUGGGUCCCAGUGUAUAGUCGGGACUGAUGGCAGUUAUUCUUGUCUUUGUCUUCCUGGAUACCAAGGUCCAAAUUGUGAGGUUGACAUCGACGAAUGUUCCAACAACCCAUGCCACAAUAAUGCAUCGUGUCUUGACCUUGUUGCAUCAUUUGAUUGCCACUGCAGGGAAGGCUUCACAGGCAGACUUUGCCAAACAGAUAUUGAUGAAUGCCAGUCAAACAUGUGCAUCAAUAACAGCACUUGUGUGGAUUUAGUAAAUAGGUACUUGUGCCAGUGCCCACAAGGGUAUGAUGGUGUGAACUGUGAGAGGGACAUAGAUGAAUGUCAAGUAGACCAGCCAUGUCUCAACAAUGCUGUCUGUAGUAAUACUCCUGGGAGCUUUAUAUGUACCUGCCCAACUGGAUAUACAGGUGAGCUCUGUGGGGAAAAUAUAGAUGAAUGCCUGUCUGGACCAUGUCUCUUCAACUCAACAUGUGUAGACCAGGUAGCUGGUUAUACCUGCCAAUGCAUUGUGGGAUACAUGGGGGUGCAGUGUGAAGAGAACAUAGAUGACUGUGUAGAUGAACCAUGUCAGAAUGGCCAGUGCAUGGAUGAAAUAGGAGGCUAUAUGUGUGAAUGUGAUCCAGGUUGGGAGGGAGUGAACUGUUCAUUGAACAUAGAUGAAUGUCUCAGCGACCCGUGCCAAUAUAACUCAACAUGUGCGGAUGAUGUCAAUGGGUUCAGAUGCCACUGUGGCGUAGGGUACACAGGUGUAUUAUGUGAGAUUGACAUCAAUGUCUGCAGUGUUGGCAACUUUUCCCAAUGCCUCAAUGGAGGUCAAUGUAUUGAUGGCCCAGGAUCAACAUUCACCUGCAGUUGUCCUGAAGGUUUCGCUGGUAUGAGAUGCCAGACAGAUGUUGAUGAGUGCCUAGAAUCACCUUGUGCAAACAAUGCAACAUGUCAAGAUGGAAUCAAUAGUUUCUCUUGCCAAUGUUUACCUGGUUACACAGGGGAGCUAUGUGAGGCAGAUAUAGAUGAGUGUGCCUCAACCCCAUGUCUUAGUGGAGGAAUCUGCACACAGCUCUCAGCAGGACAAGGAUUCAAGUGUCUGUGUAAGGUUGGACUAGGUGGUUUAAGGUGUGAGAUCAACUAUAAUGAUUGCCUACCUAAGCCAAAAUGUACUGAAAGGCAGCAAUGUGUGGAUGGUCUGAAUGACUUUACCUGCCACUGUCUUCCUCAAUAUACAGGGACUGAUUGUGAAACUCAGCUUUACACACCUUCAUCAUCAGAGUUGCAAACAACCCAGGUGGUAGGAUCAACUUUGGUGUUGGGAAUAGUUUCUACCCUCAUAGAUUCACCCUCCAGUAUGGAAUCACUGGGCCAAACUAUUGUACAAACUUCACAUAUGGAGUCUGUGAUUCAAACUAUGGUUUCAACUUUGACCUCUGAGUUAACAGUUCAGAGUUCUUAUGUUGCCUCAACUACGGAGUCAAUGAAUCAAACUCCCAUAUUAGAGUCAGGAGUUCAAAGUACUGCUUAUUUGGCCUCUAUUACUGAGACAGUUGACCAAGUUUCGACUUCUACCUCCAUAAUGGAGUCAACAGUCCAACCUAGAACUGCAACCCCCACAAUGGAAUCAAUAGUUAAAACUGUAAUUCCAACCUCCAUUAUGGAACCAGCAGUACAAACUACUUAUUUGACCUCUACUACUGAAGCAGUGGAACAAACUACAACCUCUAUAAUGGAGUCAGUUGACCAACCUAGAACUUCAACCUUCACAAUGGAAUCAAUAGUCCAAACUGUAAUUCCAACCUCAGUUAUGGAACCAACAUUACAAGCUUCUUAUUUGACCCCUACUACUAUGGAGUCAAUGGACCAAACUACUGCUGUAACCUCCACUGUGGAAUCAGUAUUUCAAAAAACUGAUUUAGUCUCUUCUAUUCAAUCAAUAGACCAAACAAUUUCCCCAACCCCAACUACACCAGCUCAGACUACUGCAUCAGGCUCACCUAUUGAGUCAAUAGGCAAAUCAAGUGUAACUUUGACUUUGGACUCUGUCAAAGAAACAACAGCAUUAACUUCCUCCAUGGAGUCAACUCGAAGUGAAUACCAAACAUCCAUUAUAAAAACAGUGGUCCACAAAACACAUACCAUUGUAGAUGAUUCUAAAAAAGCCACUACAGUUAUGGAGGCAUCUGGUAUUGAAACAUUACACCCACAAAGGUCAUCUGUAGAGAGCUCCAGUGUUUUGAUAGAGAGCAGUAAUAUACAAAGGUCAACUGUUUUGUUAAAUAGUGUGUUAAGAAGUACACACCACUUUUCAGUAACAAACACCAUUGAUGCACUAGAUGCAUCCAGAACAAUAAGCUAUACUGAUUUUGGUACAGCAGAUAUACCAACACCAUCACCAGUCAUACCAACUGAUAUUACAACCUCUUCUAAGGUUAUUGACACUAAUGUGCCAGAAACAAUACAUUCCACUUUAACUACGCCCAUCAAUUUAGACUCAUCUGGACCAUUUACAGUCACAGAUGGUUUUAAACCAACCAGUAUUUUAUCAUACAUUCCGUCCAUUUUGUAUUCUUCUACUGAUUUUAUAUCCUCGUAUUUAUUAUCAAGCAGUACUAUUGGUUUUGAUAGUGCACAGAACAUUCCAAGUUUGCAGCCUUCCAUUCAGACACCGAGUGAAGUUCUACAGACACAUUUUUAUACAGAUACUUUUAUAUAUUCGCCAACAGCUGGUUCUGAGGCAAUCAGUUUUAGUUCAGCAUUCAAGGGGCAAUUAAGUGAUUCAUAUUUAACUGAUGUGCACACAAGUAGUGUAAGUGAUAUUCAAGCUAGUACACAAACAGAGUCUACAUAUUCCUCACAAAGUAAUAUACUCAGCAGUGGAUUGUAUAGUAUGUUCAGUGAUAAAUCAUCCGUGACAGUAACUACUAUACCGAUGCAGUCAACAGACUCACCAAGAAGUACUAGUAUUUCAACUCCGGCAAUUAAAAUCCCCUCAACUAAAAUUGCUUCAAGAGGACAGUCAAUGGAUUUGACUGGAAGUAUUUCAACUCUACACCCAAAAACUUCGAUCAAGUUUACUUCAAUGAUGCACUUAACAGAAAGGGAUAUAUCAAUGCCAAUAUCUCCAUCUGGAACUACUUUAGCUAUGCAAUCAGCGCUCUCAUCAGAAACUUUAACUCCUGAGAAUUCAACAAUGCAAUCAGCAUAUAUGACAGAACACAUUUCAAAUAUUCACCAAUCAUCAUCAGUUGGAACUAUGUCAUCAGUGGAGUCAACAUAUAUGGCUGGAAGUAUUUCACCUGUAUUACCAACACUUUCAGCAACUUCAACUAUGCAGUCAAAAGCUGACCAAUUUUCAACAUUUCACCAAUCAACCUCAACUGGAACAUAUUCAAUGGUUCACACAGAAGAUUUAUCUGGAAGUAGUCCAACCGUUAUCCAAAUAUCUUCACUUGGACCCACAUCACCAAUGCAGUCAAAAUCCAGAAGUAUUUUAUCUUUAAAUCCAACAAAAUUAUUGGCAACUACUGUAACUCUGAUAUUUACUGAUUCGAUUGGAAGUAAUUCACUGUUAUCUCAAACAUCCUCAACUUUGAACAUGUCUGCAACAGAACAUUUAUCUGAAUUUCUAUCACCAACACCAUCUACUGGAAGUGUUACGAUAAUGCAGCCUGAUAGUAGUUCAGUGGUAUAUUCUGAAUCUCAAUACAUAAAAAGUUCAGCUAUACAGCCAACAGAGUCAGUGGAAACCUUUUUGGCAACUCCCUCUGAACAUACAGAGAUAACAUUGGAAUCAAGUACUGUUAUGAUUCCCACUGUGCUAAAGACUAGCGAUAUUUCUGAUAUUAGUACAGUGAUCUUGCAUACCCCACUGGGUUAUAGCUCAAAUCUUUUUCCCACUCCCCUAUUAUCCGAUACCCUGGUUACAACAUCCAGUCAAUCUCUAGAUGGGACUUUGGGUUCUCGGGUCUUUAGUAUUUUCAGCUCAAGUUUCACAUUGGAAAGUACAAGUAUAUUUGUACUAUCUGAGACAAGGAAACAGUCAUCUGUAGCAGGAUUGUCAUCUCUCAAAGCGUUAAAAUCUUCAAUCACAAUACAGGGUUCAACAGUUGGCUCUAAUAAAUUGCAUUCAUCAUCUACAAUUGCUUCCACACCAAAUAUUAUUUCACCAUCUGAGGUAAUUAGUACUUCUGCCUAUUCUACUUCUGAGAUGAGCACUUUAGGACUACUCACUACUAAGUUAGUUUCCCCAACUAGCACAAGUCUGGUGAAAACAACUGAAGCAGUCAACACAACUGUCACACCUGAUCCUGUAACAAUGGAACAAACUACCACAUCAACCACUGAGGUGACAACGAAAGCUAACAACAUCACUGUUACACCUGAUCCUGUUACUACAGAAGAGAAGACCACUUCAGCCACUGAUGUGACAACUGAAGAUAGCAACAUUACAGUUCCAACUGAUUCUGUUACAACUGAACAUGUGAUAACCACAUCAGCAAGUGAGGUGACAACAGGUUCUUCAAAUUUUGAAACCUCCUUCGAUGGCAAGGCAUAUGCAAAAUUUCCUUCCCCAGCUCUAGAAGGGACUAACUCUAUUCUGAUGUCAUUUGCAACAUCUGAGAGUGACUCCCUCCUACUGUAUGCAGCUAAGGACUACACAGCACCAGAAGAUACACAUUACAUCAGCUUGUCACUGGCAGGAGGCUUUCUAAAGUAUAAGUUCUCUUGUGUCAUCAGUAAGUUUGAAUUCACCAGUCCAUUUCUUGUGAACACCAUGGAAACAGUCAAUGUGACAAUAAGUCAAGGAAAGAAUUGUCAGGCUAGAUUCUCAAUCAGUAUGCCUAAAACAUCUUACAGUGUUUCUGAUGGAAUGAGCUUCGUCUUUCCAACAUUUGCCUUCACCACUCUUGGCCCUGUAUACAUCGGUGGUCUCCCACAAGACACUGGUGUUAUUUCUGGAUUCACGUCCAACUUUACAGGGUGUAUAACAAAAGCUGAAUUCAAUGGGGAAAGUUGGCAAAUAGUUGAUGCUAUUGCUGUGGUGAAUGUCCAUGCGUGUGGCCACAUAGAGACAACAACAGAGAUUGUCCCUAGCACAGCUCAACCAGGAAUGGACUGUGAAAAUAUGCAGUGUGUGAAUGGAGGCACAUGUAGAACUACAGUUGGAGAAAAUGGAGAGACUGCCCUUGUUUGCGAUUGCUUAAUGCAUUUCUCUGGGCCAAGAUGUGAACAGGAGAUAUCUGUUUACUUCCCCUCAUUCUCCGGGAACUCCUACCUAGAGCAUAGCACACCAUCACCAACUGUGCAAGACAUAUUUGUGUCAUUCAGGUCAACCUCCAAGCAAGGUUCCAUCCUCAUUGCCACAUCUGCUAGUGGGAAUGAUGGCACUGAUGAUUUCAUACACCUGUAUGUGGAGAAUGGACUGCUGAAGUAUUAUGUAUCAUGUGGCAGCAACAAUGUUCUGAAUAUUAACAGUAAUAUUGCAGUGGACACUGGUGCCUUGACAACAGUGGAUAUUUUCCAUUUCACAGAGUUGCGUAGCUGCAGUAUCAGCUUACUGGUAAACAGUAGCAACUGGAGCAACUCGACAAUAAGGACAUCGAGCAUUGUCAACCCAACAAAUUUACAAUCAGUUUACUUAGGUGGUACACCCCUAGAUGUGACCUUGUCUCCUGGAGUGGUAGGAUUUAAUGGCUGCAUAAGACACUUACAGAUUAAUGGUUACGAGUACAGAAUAUUUGAUGAGGCUAUUCGUGGACAAAACAUUGGAGACUGUGAUGUUCCUGCUUGUAGCUACAAACCUUGUUAUAACAAUGGCACCUGUCACUUAGAUGGAGAGGGUUGGUUCUGUAAGUGCACUACAGGGUACUCAGGAAGUCUAUGUCAGCACCAUCUAUGUGAUGCCCAGCCCUGUAGCCAUGGAGGAACCUGUAUAUCAGGAGAAGGAGAGCACAAUUAUGUGUGUCUGUGUUCUUAUGGCUAUGGAGGGAUCAAUUGCUCUGAUGUGCUUUCCAUUACAAGACCCUCUUUUUCUGGGGUACAUUACAACUAUCCAUCAUAUAUGGCCUACCCCACUAUCACAGGCAUGGACUUCACAAUGGAGAUUAAGUUCAACUUCAAAUUGAUGUCUGACUGGAAUCCAGAUGAGAAAAUGUUAAUGCUUUUUAUGGGCCAAAAAGGUAUAGCGGGAAAUGGUAAUGACUUCAUUGCUGUCAUGUUAGAGGCUGGCUACGUUGUGUUCUUCUAUGAUCUGGGUUCAGGACCAGCUGUGAUUGCCAGUGAUAGCAAACUGAACACAACAUUAGAAAUACACACCUUACAUAUAGGGAGACAUACUAGGCAGGGCUGGUUGAAGGUUGAUAAUCAACAAAACAUGACUGGGCAGUCAUCGGGGAGUCUAUUUGGCUUAAAUGUUUUCUCCCCACUUUACAUUGGAGGAAUUGAUGAACUAGAUGCCUCAUUGCUGCCAUCUAUACUUAGCUUUAAUAACACAUUCAAGGGUUGUAUAUUUGACGUAAAGAUCAAAGCCAGCAAGUAUCGUGCACUGCUUCCCAUCCAGAUGUACACGCCUACAUUCAAUGGCCGCAACAUCCAGCAGUGUGAUGCCAAAGAGUGUGACAUACACAGAUGCAGCAAUGGUGGCACAUGUAUUGAUAUUGGAGCUUCAUUCAGUUGUGAAUGCCCAACUGGAUUCAAGGGUCCACUCUGUGCAGAUACAAUCUCCCUGUGUGAUACCCAGGACUUCUGUGCCCCUGGGGCUAUAUGCUCACCGCAACCACUUGGUGGAGCCACCUGUAAUUGCCCUCUAGGAAAGACUGGUCUGAGGUGCUUUGAAAAUAUAACAAUCAGUGAUCCGUUAUUCAUUGGUGAAGAUUCCUACAUGUAUUUCAACCCAGUGCGUAUAGACAACCAUACAGAUAUCUACAUAGAGUUCAAGCCCCAUUCAGACUCUGGCCUGUUGUUCUAUGCAGCACAACAUCUCAGCUCUACAACACUAGACUUCCUGGCUGUUGUGCUGACUGGGGGACGCAUAGAACUUAGGUAUAAUCUAGGUCAGGGACCAACUAUGGUAGUGCCUAGUUCUAAUGCUGCCACUAACGGGAUGUGGCACAAGGUAGAAGCAGGACGCAAUUCAACCCAUGCUUACCUAAUACUUAACGAUGUAGCAGUCUACAAGAAUAACACCUCAACCAUGGUCUCCCUAGAUGUCUCUUCACAUUUUUAUCUUGGUGGAGUAGAUCAGCUCGGAGAUGUUGCCAUUGAUGCCUUAGCAGGGGGACUGUCAACCACCUAUGAGGGAUGCGUCAGAGUGUUGGAAGUCAACAAUAGGAUUUACCAGCUCACAGAACAAGGUGCUAGCGGGGGGCUCAAUGUUGGUGACUGCGAUGGUACCGCAUGUGGCUCUUCUGUAUGUCUCAGCUCAGGCACUUGUACAUCAGAUAACAUGCAGAACUUUACCUGCAAGUGUACUCAGCUGUUCUUUGGUGAUAGAUGUCAGCACUCUGUGUAUUGUCAAGGUCACCAGUGCAAAAAUGGUGCCACCUGUCUACCAGAUGGGGAACUACAAACAUACAGCUGUGUGUGUCCACUUGGCUGGAGGGGAGGUUUUUGUGAUCAAGCUGUGACAAUAUCAACCUCUAUAAGAUUUAAAGGUGACAGUCAUAUUGCACUAGAUGAUGCAUUCACCCCAACAUGGAACCUCUCAGAGAGCCAUAUCUCAUUCAAUAUGUCUACCUUCAGUGGCAAGGGAAUGCUUCUAUGGCAAGGCCAGGUGCAUUCAAUAGAUCAGGACUACUUAGGAGUUGGUAUCAGAAAUGGAAGGGUAUUGCUAGUGUAUAGUCUUGGCUGGAUAUCUAGAGGUCAGAUCAUCACGUCUAACAUAGUUAAUGAUGGGAGCUGGCAUUCCAUCAUCAUUUCAAGGUCUGGGCAAAGUGUCUCAUUAACCUUGGAUGGAGAAACACAUACAAGUGAAGCCUUGGGAGACUUCUAUGAACUGAACAUAAAUGGACCAACCUAUUUAGGUGGUUUUGGGUUGGAUAGAUCCAUACAGGAGGAGACUGAAGGACUAUUCCAAGAGAACUACGUGGGCUGUUUAAGAGACUUGAUCCUCUAUCAAGGUGCAACAUUUGUAGAUUUCAGCAAUGCUGGCCAUGCUGCUAAUAUUCUUGCCUGUGAUUGAAACAUUCCAUGUACUUAAAGGACAUGUCCUGGCAUAGAGCUUGUGGUUUGUUUGAAGAUCUCAUACAUACUUGGAUUCAUGCUGGACGUGAAACCAAUAGAGAUACUAUGUCAAUACAUUGAGAUUAUCAACGAGUCUGUGAUUUUUCUAAGAUCUCAAAUCGUAAUUUAAUGAGUAUUAUUUAAUGGUGUCAGAGUGACAAACUGUCUUAGUUAGCAUCACGUGAUGGGCAUUACA